GUCCCCCAGACAGGCGGGGGUUCCUUGCAGCCGGCUCUCCGCCCUCCCCGCCUCCCCGCGCCCUCACCCUCCGCCCCGCUGCGCCCGCGGAAAGCGCGGUCCGGCGCAGCCCCUUUUGGCACCGAAGCUUCCAGGUGCCCGGCGAGAAGGCGGAGCCGGGUUACAACCGCCUCUCCGGCGCCACGGAGAAGACCCCCGGGAGUUCGGCGGCCCCCGCGCUCAGGCGUCCCAGGCCGCCUCCGGCUUUCCGCGUUCUUGCCUCUCGGCGCGCCGGGCGCGAAGCCUGCGACUCGCGAGCAGAGCGCAGAGCGCAGCGCCGAGUGGCGCACGCUGGGCCGUGGGCCGGGCAACCCCGAGCUCAGCCGGAGCCCUCACCCGAGCCCGCCGGCCCGCGGACGCCGGGACCAUGGUUGCCGAGGGACCUGGCCCGCGCGCCCGGUUGCGCAGCCCCCUGCCCGGGGUCUGGGCGUCGGCGCUUCUCCUGCUGGGUCUGCCGCGCCUCUCCGUGCGGGCGGAUGGGAAGCUCUUUGUGCUGGAGUCUCAGAAUGGCUCUCGGGGUCUGGAACUGGAGGCGGCUCAGCUGUCCUGCAAGAGCAGGGGCGCUCACCUUGUGUCUGCAGACGAGCUGCGGAGGGUGGUCCGGGAUUGUGCCUUCCCAGUAUGCACCACAGGCUGGCUGGCAGACGGCACACUUGGGACAACCGUGUGUAGCAAAGGGAGUGGUGAACAGCAAAUCAUGAGAGCUGUUGAUGUGAGGAUUGAGAGCAACCCAGUUCCUGGUGGCAUGUACAAUGCCCUUUGUAUUAAGGAUGAAGAGAAGCCGUGUGGAGACCCGCCUUCGUUCCCCCACACCAUCCUGCAGGGCCGCACUGGCUUGGAGAUGGGGGAUGAGGUGCUGUACGUGUGUGCCCCCGGCCACAUCACAGGCCAUCGGGAAACCGCCUUCACCUUGCUCUGUAACAGCUGCGGGGAGUGGUACGGCCUGGUGCAGGCCUGCGGGAAAGACGAGGCUGAGGCACAUAUUGACUAUGAAGAUAACUUCCCUGAUGACAGGUCUGUGUCAUUCAGAGAGCUCAUGGAGGAUUCCCAGACAGAGGCAGAAGAGGACAGGGAUCAGGGAGAAGCCUCUGAGGAGACUCCCAAACGGGACAGCCUGGUCUCCAUUUCCAUGGGGAAAGAAAACAUAGCCCGGGAUAAAGCCUUCGUGCCAACCGCAGGUUUGCCCGGUGUUGGGAGCAAUGUCCCCACAGACUUGCCAGGAUCUCGACCAAACCAGAAGUACUUGUUCUGGUUUCCUGCUGAGACUUUCCACCAGCCUGAGCUGGAAAAGGAGGUGGAUGAUAAUCCCAAAAAGCAGUUUCCUGCUGGAGACAACCACAGUAGUGUAAAAUUUGUCCUAGGUAAACCUGAAAGCAAGGUGAUCUAUGGCAGCACUGACAGCUCCUCGGGGCCAUUUCUGGGCAGGAAUGACAGCAAGGCAGGGGAUCCAGUGGUGAGCAGCAGCGAUGAGUCCUGGUUAGACGGCUACCCUGUGACAGAUGGGGCUUGGAGGAAGACGGAGGCGGAAGAGGAGGAAGAUGGAAACAAGGGGGCUGGGUCAGUAGGACUGGAUGAAAGUACUCUAGUUACCCCUGAUCAGCCCGUUCUUGUGGAAAUUAAGAAGCCCAGGAGUACCACACUCAUACCACAUGAGGACAUGACCCAUAGUUCAGUUCUUCCAUCUCAAAUGCUAGAUGUGGAGGCUUUAGCUCUCAGACCCAUGAAUGUGUCUGAGACUGAGGGUCCCCAUAAUGGGGAUGGUGACUUGACCAAGUACCAGUCAACUGUGCUGUGGAGAUUCACCACAGAGAAGUCUCCCAUGGCUACCCUACCCUAUGAACUCACCACCUCUACGCUGGAGACAUUAACAACUGCUGUCCAGCAGAUGUCUGACCACAUCCCCUCAACAGUCAUGGCGGCCACCCAGCCUCCAGUGGAGACCACUGCUCCUGAGGUCCAGGAUAGCUUCCCAUACCUGCUGUCUGAGGACUUCUUGGGACAAGAAGGCCCCGGGCCAGGUGCAAGUGAGGAGCUUCUUCCAACCUUGGAGCCAUGUGUGGGGGGCGAAUGUCCCAGCCUCAGUAGAGGCCCCAUGAUCGCCACCAUCGUCACCGUCCUUUGCCUGCUGCUGCUCCUAGCAGGUGUCGGGGCAGUGUGGGGCUACCGCAAGUGCCAGCACAAGGGCUCCGUGUACAAGCUGAAUGUUGGCCAGCGGCAGGCUCGGCACUACCACCAGCAGAUUGAGAUGGAGAAGGUCUAGCCUCCUUCAGAGUGGGCUGUCCCAAAGCCACUUGGGAGG